AUGGCAGACGAGGAGCCAGCAGCCAAGCGGCGGAAGGCCUUGGCCAGGCUCGACUCUCAGGCAUUUGUGCUGUCCAAGUCCGUGUAUGCGGACACGAACGGAGUUCCCAGGAGUGGGGAUCCACCACGUGUGCUACAUCUUGGGCUGACCGACGGCGAGAUUGCCAACCGAGUGGUGGUUGUGGGUCACCACUCUCGGGCAGAGCUUCUAAGUAGCUUUCUGUCGCCGGAGGGCUCCGAGGUCUUCAAGCUGGCAUCGGACCGGGGAUUCUUGGCCUACACCGGCCUGUACAACGAUCAGAGGCUCAGCAUCGUAUCCAUCGGCAUGGGCUUGUCCAUGAUGGACUUCUUCGUGCGAGAAGCGCGUGCGAUUGUGAAAGGGCCCAUGGCUAUCGUCCGGCUUGGCACUUGCGGGUGCCUCCAGGAAUGGGUGAAGGUGGGAUGCGUGAGCGUCGCCUCCGCAGGAUCUGCGCUGGUGCAGCGGAACUACAGUCACUUCGACGCGCCGAAGGCCCAUGCCGGCUCUGAGCCGUACUUGAUCUCAGACCUCUGUAUGCCGGAUGCUGAACUCACUGCGCUCGUCGCCAGCUCGCUGCAAGAAGCUUUGGGGGCGCAGAAGGUGGUCGAGGGCAUCAACAUCACAGCUGAUUCGUUUUACUCAUCGCAGGGUCGCGCAGACCCUGCUUUCACGGACGAGAACAGCGUGCUGAUUGAGAAGGUGCUGCAGCGAUACCCCAAGGCCAUCACCAUGGAGAUGGAGUCGUUUCAGCUUUUCCAUUUGGCCCGCAGCAGCCUGCCGAAGGGCAGCAUCAAGGCUGCGGCUGCGGUCGUCAACGUCGCGAACCGCCCGACAGGACCGCAAGGGCUCUGCUGCUGCUGCCGUUGCUGCAUUUUGCUGCUGUAA